GGGAGUGCAAACCUCCAUCCCGCGAGACAAUCGACUUUUGCUUACAACAAUUUACUAGCAAAAGGAUUUUUUAAGCAGUAAACCAUUUUAUUUUGCCAAAAAUGCGUCGCCUUCUUCUUCUUGCAUUUUUUACCUUUCAAUCCCAAAUUGAUGCAUUCAAUUUUUCGCCAUAUCCCAACCUAGUGAUGAACUCCCCAAAGCCUAUAAGGUCUCGAUAUAAUCAAACUCGAAGCUCCUACUUUGGUUUCUCGCUCGUCAUUCGUCCACAGAGCAUCAUAGUGGGAGCUCCCCGGGCUCAACCCACCUUGAAGUCGCAAAGGUCCAUCAACGAGCCCGGAGCGAUCUAUAGGUGCUCCCUUGAGAACGCAAUCUGCAAUCCGUAUGUCGUGGACUCUCAAGGGAACGUGGGAACGCCUAGCAACGGCGCAACCAUGAAUUCUGAGGGCAAGGAUUUUCAGUGGCUUGGUGGAUCGAUGGAUGGUGGCACAAGGGACACGGAUUUGCUCCUCGUGUGCGCACCCCGAUUUUACGCCUUCAAAAAUGAAGAAGGCCACCUUCACGGAAUUUGCUACUGGGUCAAUAACACCACGAACGGCUCACCGGAAAACGUGACUCGCGUCUCUCCAUUCCGCUCGGAGUCAAACCAGAUGUAUCCGAACCGUGCAGGCAGGUACUACUUCUUUAUGGGGGAGCUCGGGCUCAGUGCGCACGUGGCGGACGAUAACUCACAGUUCCUGAUCGGAGCACCGGGUGUCUACAAUUGGAAGGGCGCGGUGCACUUGCACAAGAACAACGAAGACAGCCUCAUCAGGAAGACUUCCUUGGACGAAAACUCGUACCUUGGCUAUGCCGUGAGCUCCGGAUACUUUGACAGUGACAGCCCAAACACCCUCUACUACGUGGCCACUGCCCCCAAGGAACACAUGCAUUCGGCGGUGGCCUAUAUUUUUGAGGAUCAGAGGUAUAUCUACCCGAGUCAAACCUUGAGUGGCGACCAGUUUGGCGAAUACUUCGGCUACUCCGUUCUGGCGGAAGAUCUUAAUGGAGACGGACUGACAGACGUCAUCAUAUCAGCGCCCCUAAAUGAUCUGGGAAAUUCCUGCGACAACGGCGUUAUUUAUGUUUUUAUCAACAAGGGCUCGUUCGAGUUCGACCGGACGACCGUGGUAUCUCCAGCCGGGAGUGGGGCUCGAUUCGGAACUACUCUGUCGCGCCUGGGAGAUAUAAACCAUGACGGAUACAAUGACGUGGCCGUGGGAGCACCGUUCGGUGGGAACGGAUCUGUUUUCAUAUAUCUAGGAAGCGAAAAUGGAUUAAGGAAUACGCCGAGUCAGCGCCUGGAGGCUCCCUCCCAGUCACUUUCCGAGUACGGAGAACACAUGUUCGGCCACGGCCUGUCCCGCGGAUCGGAUAUAGAUGGCAACGGAUUCAACGACUUCGCUAUAGGAGCACCCAAUGCCGAUACCGUAUAUCUCUAUCGCUCCUAUCCUGUAGUAAGAAUACAUGCUACAUUAAGUUCGGAAUCGCGGAACAUCCAACCGAAACAGGAGCAGGUAUUUUUCACCGCGUGCUACCGAUUGAGUACCGUGGCAAAGGAUCUGCAGCCACAGGAGCUAAACAUCCGGAUUUCCAUGGACAUGCGGGCUACAUUCACCGAGAAUCAGAGCAGUAAGAUGAUCUUCAAGGCGAAUGCGGGUCUUGUCGAGCAAUGUCGAAUCUUCGAGAUUCAGGUGAUCAGAAAGUCUGUACGCACGCCCAUCGAACUGGAGAUGAACUACGAGCUGGCGAAGAAGGUUCCCCAAUCGGGAGAGUUCUGCGAAUCCUGCGCCACUGUGGAUCCCGCGGACCUGAAUUCAUUCACCCAAAAGUUGGUUUUCUCCACUGGCUGCGCCAACGAGGUUUGCGUCGUUGAUCUGCAGCUGAAGAGCGAGGACUUUGGACCCACCUAUGUUCUGGGCUCUACGGCCACCCUCCGCCUGAAGUACGAGAUCACCAACUAUGGGGAGACGGCCUUCCUGCCCCAAUUCAACGUGACCAGCUCCGCCCACCUGCCUUUCGCGCAGAUUCCUGGGAAUUGCAAAGUCGACGAAUCAGUCAUGACUUGCGACCUGAACCACGGACAACCGCUGGCCAAAGGUGACACCGAUUCCGUCUCCAUAAGCUUCGAUGUGAGCCAACUCGGGGGACAGUGGCUGAUCAUCAGUGCAGCAGUAUUUAGUGAGGGGAACGAGAAGAACUCUGCGGAUAAUAAGCAGACCAACAAGAUCAACCUUCGAGAGCUCACCGAGCUCGAUGUCAGCGGGGUUCAGAAAAGCAAUCAAGUCGAUUUGGAUGACUCUAGGAACUCCGUGGAAAUCAUCAACAGUUACGAGAUUAAGAGCAAUGGCCCCAGCACUGUCGAUCAGUUGACAGCAUCCUUUUAUCUACCCGUUGCCUAUAAAAAGGCUGAUUCAACAGAAGUGCAAAACAUAAUAAAUAUAUCCAGCCUGAAGAUACUGGCCACCCACGACUCCCAAUUGUUACCCAUCAAGUUUUACGAUUACAAUAAUAAGCCUCUUGUUUUAAACACCACUGAGAACUCUACCCAAAAUGAACAAAAAGAGGACGACCAAAUAGUCCGUUCUCCGACUCGAAGGCGAAGGAAUCCCAAAGAACCGGCCGCUAGCCUAAGGCAGCAUGCUCUUGUUGAGACCCACGAUCUGCCCACGAACCGGGCCACUGUAUUCAGUUGUCAGGACAUAAACAGGACGAUCUGCGUUAGAGCCGAGAUGAUCGUGCAAUUAAGGCCUGAUAGGGCCAUCAGCCUCAACGUUAGCUUCAGGGUAGAUCUAUCUGAAGUCGUCGGAUCCUGGGAAUACUUUGUUUUAUCUACCGAUCUAGAGCUGCUCAAGAAAGGAGAUCCCACAAGCAGUUCGCUUGUAAUCAACAAGAAUAUUAAACCAAAUGUGAUAUUUAGGCAUCUAAAGGCUGAACCACCCACGUGGUACAUUAUUUGGAGCCUACUCAGCGGCUUCCUCUUACUCAGUGCUAUAACCUACUCUCUAUACAAGCUCGGAUUCUUUAAACGCACCAAGAGGGACGAGCUGAACAGGCUGAUUCGGCAAAGCGUUAAGGUGGAGAUUCCUGUCGAGAUAGAGGAGGAAAACACCAGCAGCGACACGGACGACUUACCAGAUCAGCAGAUCUUAGAAUAAGAACUAGAAGGUAUAAACCUGAUUUUUUUCUUCGUAAAUGUGUCAAUAAUCUUUAUAAAAAUAUUAUAGAAUUUGUAGGCACUGAUGUGUUGCUGAAGUUGUUUGAGAAAUAUACCUAGUAUUACUUAAUUUAUUAGUACAAGCGUAUGAAAAAAUAAAUUGUAGGUAGUUGUAAUGCAUUUCUUUUGCAUUGAAAACGAUUCCAAUACAAAAUUUAAAAUAAUAUUGUUUAGAUUUAUGCAAUGAACAAUUUUUAA